UGUUCAAAGCGCAUGUCUUCUUUAGACUACUUUUGUGUUUAUUGCGUUUCUCUUGUGUCAACACUUUUAUACCUGUUCAAUCUACAUCGACAGUACGUUGAUAAAAAACCUAGAAAGUUUGUUAUUAUUGUAUGUUGUUGUUUGAAUUGUUCUUAGUAUUGAAAGCUGUUUAUGAUCUGAAUUUAGAUAGAUAAAUUGAAAUCUGUUACAAUGCCGAAAUCCAGAGAAUAUUUAUCUAGCGAUGAUUCUCAGAGUAGUGAGGAAGAAAAACCAAAAUCAAAAAAGCAAAAACGUGAUGCCGAAUCCAAAAAAUCUAAAAAAGAAGCUAAGGAAGACAAAGAAAGUAACAAUUCUAGCAAAAAUGUAUCAUCCUCCAGUAAAGCUGAUGAAGAAGAACCUACUUGGGAACUUGGUAAUAUGAAGGAAGUAAAAGUUCGUGAAUUUAAAGGAAAAUUAUAUAUUGAUAUUCGAGAAAUGUACUUGGACAAAAAUAGUGGAGAUGUAAAACCAGGUCGUAAAGGAAUUUCUUUAAAUGUUGCUCAAUUCAAAAAGCUGCUGGCUUGUAUUGAAGAAGUUGAUAAAGCUGUUCAGGCUAAAGCUUAGAAAAUACAUAAUAUAUUUGUAUAUGUAUAUCUUACAUCACACUUGAAUAUUUUUUUCCUAAAUAUAAUUCAUAUUUAUAACUUAUCAAAACCACAAUUAUUGUUACAUAAAUGUAAACAGAAGCCACAACAAAAAUAAAUAAAACAUUGUAUUGAA